AUGCUCGGAGGCUCGCACCCACAGUACCUCUCAACCGCCUUCCGUGAGGAUGGUCAUCAUCAGAUUGUUCCCUGUCACAAUGACGAGACGUGUGAGGAGCAAUGCAAGCACGACGAGGCAUUCUUAGCUACCGAUUAUGACCUCUUAGCGAAAUGCCUCCUUGCAGAUCACUGCCAGUACCCCUUUGAGGUCCUGCACCAGGAAGUCGAGACUUGUGGAGAACCCUUGUCUCGACUAAAGCAGAGUAUGGAGUCCAUUCGUGAGCUGCACGCGUUAAAAGUGAAUGAUCUUGGUGGUGGUCCGGUCAAAAUUGACAUCCAUUGCUGGGAGCAUGUCUUCUCUGAGACUCCUGCUAGAGUGGCAGCAGAAGUCCGGUCUAAGAUGCAGGAAGAUGAUCUUAAUUGGUUCUUUUAG